CUGUGCACUUACAUCUGUAAAGACAAAGGAUUGAUUUUAUUUCUGUCCACCCUGUUUUAAUACCCUUUUUUGUUUGUUUUUGUUGUAUGAUGUAUAAUACGAUAGCGGAGAGAGCUCAACGCACUGAAAUUCUAAAAAAAAAAAAAAAAAAACAUAUGCAAAGAGAAAAAACACCAGAAAAUUAAGAAAACAAAUACUCACAAUGCAACCAAAUACAGGAAAGCGACUGACCAAGGGGGAGCCUGUGGGAAGAGGGAACCCGGAGGAGCCACUAGACUGAGGGUCUCUGGUGGAGCCGAAGGUAAGAGGAGCCAAGACGGAGCUGACAGGUUGAUGGGCCGAGAUGGAGCAAAGAGAUUCGAGGCCGGAGGCGGGGCCAAAGGAUUCUCCAGGAUAGGCGCUGCUGGUGGUUGCUCGACCUGUGGCUCGACGUCAUUGCAGGGACUCCCCAGAGACAGCACAGGGCUCCAAGCAUCCAGCAGCGAUGGGACUGGAGGAAUGGCUGAGCUCUGUGGUGGUACUGAUAAAAUAAGACUUGAGAGAAUAAAGGUAAUCAUGACAGAGUUCACACAGGAUAAAGCAAAAAAUAACAGAUCUACUUUGAUGCUUCCCUGUACUCCAGCGAUUUACUCUGAUGCUUCCCUGUGCUCCAGCGAUCUACUUUGAUGCUUCCCUGUGCUCCAGAAAUCUACUUUGGUGCAGUUUUACUGCUGUUGAACUUCAAUGUACUGCAGUUGUACUGUGAUUAUACUUCAUUAUACUGCAAAUCUAUGGUUGUGCUUAAUUAUACUGCAGUUAUACUACUUUGUACUGCAGUUUCACUGCAGUUGUACUUUAAUAUACUGCAGUUCUUUUUUGUUAGGGAGGGCCAUAAGCAUUGCUUACACACAUGUAAAAUAAUGAGAUCAACAUUAAACAGCAUAUAAAUCAAAACUGCCUUAUGUUACAAAAUGAAAUAUCGACUCAGGAAGAGGUACAGGACUGUGAAGCUUUGGUGGUGUUGAUGGACUUGAUCUACUAUGUUUUGAUCAUCAUUCUGAAUCCAAUCUUUGACAAAGACUUUUUUUUUUUUUCAAAAUGUUGCUUUUUUAUGAAACAUCCACAUUCAAGUGAUUAAAAAAGAAUGCAUGAAGCUAAAAUGUUUGGGGUUUGGGGUGUUCAGAUAUUCAUACAACAAAAUAUUCUGGGGACCAUGAAAAUUUGGAAAAAAUGAUUUGAAAAAAAGCUGGUGCUCGUUGGCAAGUCAUGAAUCCAAGUAUUUACUUAAUAUAUAUAGCCUAUAUAUAGUUUUUACUUCAAGUCUUUGUAUAGUUCUGUGAUGACAAAAGUUGUGAAGAUUGUUAGUUUUGGUCUACCAUUUUUUGUUUUAAUUCUUUAUUUUUGUUUUACCUGCUGCCAGUCUGUGAAAUCUGAGUCUAUUUCUUAUCAACUCAGUGGGAGUUGAGUUCAUAAUAGUGAGCAUAUGUGGGCGUUGUCUCUAUUGGUACACUAUUUGAAUGCGAACAUGGAAUUCAUUCAGAGUUCAUUCAGAGAGGUUUGAGUUUGAAUUGUUAAAUCUUUCUGUGGAACUGCAUCUGUGUUUCUACAAUCCCUUCUUCUUUAUUUUUUGGUUUGUCAUUGAGUAUGUGCAGAUGAAGAUGUGUCCGUUUGUCAUCUCAGUGUUGUUGGCGUUUGGCUUGCCUUUAAUCAUGACUGAAGUUGUAAAAUCAUUCAGCGCAUGCAGCCAGUUUUUUUUAAACGAACAGCCUUCAGUGAUUCCUGGCAUUCUGGAGAAUUCACUCUCAAAGGAUAACCGCUACAAACUAAUCUGUCAGAAAUAUAAGAACGCUUACAGAUUUGCAACUCUCUAUGACACAACUAAUAGGAUCCCUGUUUUCUCGGCUUACAAAUACACUGAGAAAGGACAUUUCACAAGACCAAAUAAGGAAUGGAUGACUGAGUCUGAGCUUGAUCCUCCUGUUGCUGAGAUGACUGUGCCAUGUUUAAACCAGGCAAUCAGUGCAGACUACUGCAAAAACUGCUAUAAAGUGAAUCGCGGCCACUUGUUUCCCUGCUGUCAUGCAGCUGAUUUAGACACUGCUGAAUCUACAUUCACACUGACCAAUGUAGUGCCACAGAAGAUCAGCUUUAAUGCCGGCAGUUGGAAACGCAUGGAAGAGGAGACCAAAGAAAUCAUGGACACAUGCAAAAAUAACAAUAAUGAAGUUUUAGCCCAUGUGCUGACCGGAGCUAUACCUGGUAACAAUAAAAUGAAAAAGAAAGUGAACAUUCCCUCUUUCAUGUGGAUGGCAUUUUGCUGUUACAACAGUACGGAAAAUGCAUGGGUCUCCCAAGCUUACUGGGCCCCAAAUGAAGAAGAAAACACCAAAGUCAAUAUCCCUAAAAGGAGCCUGCUGGAAUUACAGGGAUUUCUGAAUGCAAACUGGGUGCAAAAUGUACAGCUGUUUGAGAAUAACUGCACACUAUAAAUAUAUGAUCACUGAAUAAUCAUUUAUUCUGCUUGUUGGAUUAGAGGUCCAUCAAAUGCUUUCUUUGAGCUCUUCCAGAAUCCUAACUUAGCAUUCUGCUCUUAAUUCAUAGCUCUCCCACAUCUAUUAAACACACAUAUCUGUGAUCAUAUUAUAUUGAAUUGUGAGCAAACUGUAUUUUCUCUAAUAAAGCUUGUGCAAAUAUUUA